UAUUGCGGAGGAUACAAUGUGCCGGUAGACUACGCCAAUUAUCUCUUCUAGAAACCUUCCCAAUAAGUCCAAACACGUGUAAUUAUCAAUUUCACCGUCCAUUUUUUGUCCCCUUAAAAUCCCAAUAUCACAUCUCAUUACUCCAUCCCCAUUUUCACUGCAAAAACUUCAAUCAAACAAUGGAUUCCGUGUCAUCAUCCGAAAUUGAAUAUGAGGUACCAAUGCUUUUUCGGGUCUACAAAGAUGGUCGUAUCGAAAAGUUCAGAAAACAUGACUUUGUCCCUCCUUCUGACAGUCCAAUCACAGGUGUUCGAUCCAAAGAUGUUGUUAUCGUACCGGAAAACAACGUAAUUGUACGCCUUUACCUUCCUAAAAUAACCCAAAACGACCAGAAAUUUCCACUCCUUGUGUACGUUCACGGAGGUGGAUUUGCGAUCGAAUCAGCGUUUUCGACUUACUAUGAUAGUUAUCUUCACUCAGUAGCUGCAGAAACCAAUGUACUUGCCGUGUCAGUUGAGUAUAGAUUAGCCCCAGAACACAAAAUUCCUGCGUGUUAUGAUGAUUCUUGGGCUGUCAUGAAAUGGGUCUCUCAGCAUGCCAAUGGCGAACAAGGAACUGAACCAUGGCUGAAAAGUCAUGCUGAUUUCUCCCGAGUUUUCUUGUCAGGUGAUAGUGCCGGAGCCAAUAUUGCUCAUAACAUGAUGAUGCGAGCAAGUGUAGAUGAAGAUAAACUUGGAGAUGACUUAAGGAUUGUUGGAAUGGCAUUAAUUCAACCCUUUUUUGGGAACAAUGAGCCUGAUAGAAUUUGGUCGUAUUGUUGCCCCGAAAAUCCCAACGCGGAUGACCCGAGAAUCAAUCCAGCAGCUCAUCCGAGUUUGUUAUCGAAGCUUGCUUGCUCUAAGAUUCUGAUAUGCACUGGAGGAAAGGAUUUUAUCAGAGACAGAGGGUGGACGUACUAUGAGGCGCUAAAGAAAUGUGGAUGGAAAGGCCAAGUGGAGAUUAAGGAAUCCGAAGGGGAAGAACAUGUUUUCCAUUUGGUUAAGCCAACUUGUGAGAAUGCUAAGGACUUGAUGAAAUGGCUGGCCGAUUUCUUUCAACAAUCAAGCUGAAUUCUUGCUGAGUAGAACUUCUGUACUAUUAAUUCAGUUGUUUCUCUUUUCUUUUUUUGAUCAAAUAAGUCGAUGUUGGAUUUCAUUUGUCCAUCAGUGUUUACUUCAGGGAAGCAUUAUGCUUCACUUCCUCAGAAGUGGAAAUGCAUUAAAAGAAGAACUUAGCAGAA